GUAUCUUGUUCAUGGAACAAAAAACGAACAUAAUUUCUUGGCGAUAACAUUUGUUAUCGUAUUCUUUAUCACCAUGAACUAUUAUGAAUUAGAUUGGACUUUAUAAAAAAUUAUAAAUUUAAUUCAUUAAUUUGUAUGUUUAUUUUUUACUGUUUUCAUUCAUACUAUAAUAUAAAAAGUACUUGAACAACUUGAACUGAAUUCUUUAAUCUAUGAGAUUACAGCUUUGAACCGAAAAUGUGCUGUUUUAUCUAUACAAACAAAUUUUUAUUUGAUAUGUGUUCAUACUUUCAUAGUGUUUAGCUCCAAAGUUUUACCCACUAGUCAUUUAUGGAAAAGUUACUAUUUUUUGUUUAUUCAAUUGGUAUCCUUAUUAGGAUCUAUUUAAGCUUCAGCGAUUUCAGCACUUUGAUUGCUGAUAGAGUUGAAGUUUCUACUCCGUUGAACUCCUGGAAAAGAGGUUUGAAUAAUACUUCUAUACUUAUAAUAAUAAUAUUUAAUAAGUUAUGAAUGUAUGUUGGUAAGUAGAGAAUAUAAUGAUAUUCUAAUUUCUAAGUAAAAAUACUAUGAAGAGUUUUACAAAUAAAAUUACGGUACCUAUGACUUAUGAAAAGUUUGUUUAAUGUAUGAUUAAUGUGCAUAUAUCAGCUUUUGGUAAUACUUUCAGGGACGGACUCACAGGGUAGCAACUACAAUAAUGCCCACCGGUUUUCUCGGAAAAUGUCAUUUUUAAGCUCUAUGUUAUUUAGAUAGGUAGGUAACUAAUUUUUUCUUUUAUUUUUGGAUUUAGGCUAUACAAAUAAAAUUUGUUGAUGGGUAGUUCAUACAAACAUUUGUGUAUUAUAGUGUUAUGUUAUUUUAUUUUUCUAAGGUCUCUAAUACAAUCCGUAAAGUACCUACUAUAUUAUCCUUCAAAGACAAACACUAGUUUGAAUUUUGGUAAUUAAUAAAUAUGAUUUAUGAAUACAAAUUAUUAUAAAAAGUAUUACCUAAAGUGAAAAUUAAUUAAAUCUUUAUAAUCUCUAAAAUAUUAUCUUAUGCACUUACUAAAUACUAUAUAUUUUUUUUGUUUAUAGUUAUAGAGGGUGUAUCUUUAUACAAUGAGAAGAUUAAUCCAUAUGAUGGUGACUUAUUUCAUGAGACUCCAUUAACUCUUGUAUUUUUCAGUUAUUUGACAUCAACUAUUUCAGAUUUUUAUGUGUCUUUAGUAUUUAUCAUUUGUGAUGUCUUUACUGCUAUUGUGUUAUACUAUACAUCUAAAAUUUACACUGCAAAUCUGGUAUGUAAAUAUAAGAAUGACAUUUUAAUAUGAAUUGCAAAGUAUUAAUUUUUAUGUUAUUUUUACAAUUUGUUUAGCUUAAAGAACAAUCAAAAACCAAAAGUGUUUACAAUAAAGAGUUUAACAAAUUAUUAAUACCCAAUAAUUUUUUAAUUAUAAACCCAGUUUAUGUAUUUUCAGUUUAUAUGCUUAAUCCUUACACUGUGUUCAGUUGUAUUGCAAGAACAACCACAGUAUUCAAUAACUUAUUCCUAGCAUUAUGUCUGUAUGCCAUGGUAAAACGUAUGUACUUACCUACCUACCUAAUAUACUAAUUAUAGUUGUAUUUAAAUGUUACCAUUGUAAUUUGCAAUGUGUAUGGUAGAUUGUCAAUUAUUUAUGUAAGAAAAAUUUUUUUAUCAAAUUUUAAGAAGUACAGGUCGAAAUCUGUUCCAAUAUAUCUAUAAAUAUUAAAUGAAUGUUUGUAAAGUUUCAGCUCGAUUUAAAAUAAUUAACAUGUGGCUACGGAUGCUUAAGGUUUUAUGAAACAACAUAUAAUUUUGUGUUUAUUAUGCUAUAUACCUACUUAAAUUUUUAUUUUACUGUAAAAUACUGUAAAAUAAUAAUAUUAUUGUAGCAGUAAUCAUCUAAAAUCAUUUAAAUAGUAUAAAUGAUUAAGAAUUGUACAAUAGUAGCAUUAGAAAUAAUUUAAUUUAUUUCUGUCUUCUUCUUAUUUCUAUCUUAUGUCAAUAAAUAAUAAAUAGCAUAGCAAUUUAUUAAAAAUAAAUAAAACUGUAAUUUUGACUUUUCUUGUGUAUUAAAUUAUUUAUUUUGAUUAUAGUAAAUAAAACUAAUAUAAUAUUACAAAUAUUUUAGAAGAUGGUAAUGUUUUAAAAGUAUCUACAUGAAAAAAAUAAGAAUUUUAAUAAAUAAAUAAAUAAUUUAACUAUAUUUAUUUUAAAAGGAAAUUUUAAUAUUUGCAUCAUUAUUCCUAAUUUCGUUAGAAAAAGUUACAGAAAUUUAUUUUUUUAUAACACUAUUAGAUAUUUAUAAUAGUUAUUUACAAUUGCUUGUAGGUAUAAAAUGCAAACAGUUUACUAAAACUUAAAAUAAAUAUUAUUUUUAUAAUAUAUUGACAUUGGUAUAUUCUUGACUUUGCGAAAAAGGGCUAAGUUUUCAAAAAAUAUCAAAAUGCAUUUUUCAGGAAAUAAUUAUUGCUACAAAAUAAUUUUUCUAUACCAUUUUUUUUUAAAUCUAAGUAAGUAUACUGAAAAUUAUGAAAUUUUUCGUCUUUUCAUAAAGUUUUGAACUUAUAUCGGCACUUGUAAUUAUAUUUGAUAAAACUCAAACUUUACAGACACUUUUUAUAGAUGUAUUUAAACACAUUUUUGGUCUGCACUCCUUGAAAAUAAGUGGCACCUUAAUGUAUAACUCUUGCUCAUAAUAAAUGCAUCUAAAUUCUUAAUUAAUAAAUUACUAAUACUAAUUACAUAUAUAUAUUUUAAUUUUAGGUCUAAGAUUUUUAGGAUGUCUGAGCUUAGUAUUAGCAUCUUUGCCAACUUUCUACACUUUUGGUUUAAUAGCUCCAUUAAUGAUAAGUUGUGCGUCGACUGACUCCAAAAAAAAGACUGGUUCAUUCAUAAUUACAUUACUAACUUGUGUUGCUAUUAGUUGCUCUCUCCUUUAUUUGUGUUAUAUUAUUAUGAACGAAUGGACAUUCCUUGACUCUGUAUAUGGUUUUAUGUACGUAUUAAAUACAUUUAAAUAAAAAAUACUAGUUACUUAUUUCUAAUAUUUAAUUAUCCUUUACAGAUUAAAUGUUCGAGAUUUAAAACCAAACAUAGGUUUGUUUUGGUAUUUUUUCACUGAAAUGUUUGAACAUUUCCGUGCACUAUUUGUCUGUGCUUUUCAAUUAAACGCAUCUGUUUUAUAUGUGAUUCCAUUAAGUAUUCGUCUCCGCCACGAUCCACUGUUAUUGGCUACUAGUUUAUUGGCAUUGACAGCAGUUUUUAAGUCUUAUCCAAGCAUAGGUGAUGUCGGCUUCUAUCUCAGUCUACUUCCAAUUCAUAGACACCUAUUCUAUUGUAUGUAAACAUCAUAUCUUAAUUUAAUUUUUAAGAAAAUUAAUUAAAAUUGUUUUAAAUUUUGUUUUUCAGUUAUGCAACAAGCAUUUAUCGUAUCUUGUUUCUUUGUUGGUUGUACUAUUUUCGCUCCAACUGUAUGGCAUUUAUGGAUUUAUUCACGUUCUGCAAAUGCAAAUUUUUAUUUUGGAGUUACUCUUGCUUUUGCCACAACUCAAGUAAGAAUUUAAAAUAUGAUUUUAAUGUAACUAGUCAUUGUAUUACUGAUUUAAGCUAGUAUACUAUAAUAGUAAAUAUGAUGCUAAUUUUUUUUUGUUCAUGGACCAAAAUUAUAAAAACCAUUUGAAAUAUUUUAUACUAAUAUUAAAAUCUUAGCUUUACCUCGUACGUCAUAAUUUUUUAAAUUCUGAACAGCAACCAAAAUCAGUUAUAUUUUUAGAUUCUGAGCGGAGCGAGGAGUGUAUUGGUUUUACAAUUAUUUUUUUUUCUGUGUACAACUGUUCUAUCAACAAUUUUGCUCCGAUUUUCAAUUAUAUUACUUUUUCUGAAAGGGUAUUUGACUGGGAUAGUACUCUAGGGAGAUCAUAUUUUUCAUAAUAAAUGAGAAAAAAAUGGGAAAAUGUAUGAAAUUAAUUAUUCUCUAAUUGUACAUAUUAUGACUUUUUAAAGCAUGUAUAACCGAACUUGUUUUUUGCUAGCAAAGAUAAAUCAUUGCAUACAAAUAUACAUUAAAUUUCCCUCUAUAUCCUACCCAAGGAUAAUAAGUAGUACCAAUCAAAUAUAUAUACUCUUUUUUGGGUUCACAUGUAAUUGUUUUAAUAACAUUUUUAAACUAUUUUUAUCUUGCUUAAAAAAUUCAAAAAUCUAAGAAAAUGGGCUAUAAAAAAUGAGGUAAAAAAAAGAAAAAUACAAUAAUCAAUAGUAUAGAAAACAAAAAGUAUUAAUAGGUAUAUAGUACUUUCCAGCAUAUUAUAAUACAUUGUAUAGGUUUAUUAUUAUAUUAUAGUACUACAUUAUAAAGUGUUUUUAAUAUUAUAGAAAAUCAAAAGUAUUGAUAUAUUUCUAGUAUUUUCAAAUUUAUGAGUAUAAUUAUAUCAUGUUCUCUCCUUGGAAUGUGUAUCAAACUACCUUAAACACCUGUGAACGUACAAAUAAACAGAAUAAUAGAACCACUGUCUCACUUAAUUCGCAUUGGGUCAUGAACUCAUAACUAUAAAAUGUGAAUUUAAAUGCUUUAAAAAAUACAAAUAUGUAUGUAUAAAAAAAAAAAAAAGGUUUAAAAAUACCCUAAAAAUUAUUUUAAAAAUUUUUUUUUUAUAAGGUAUAAUAAAUUUCUGAUGAUUAAUAAAUAUUGAUCUUCUUCUCUUAUUACUCAGGAAUCAGUUACAGUAUUAAACACAACAGUAUAAAUAGUGCAAUAUAGCAAAUUGUUUUAUUUAUUGCAGCUGACAUCGUAUUUAUCUAGUACAAUUGCUAAAUCCAUUAUACAUUUUAAAAAUAGAAAUUUAAAACUUUUAGGGGGAAAUCUAAAUAAAUUGUAUUCAAUUUUCCAAUAAUACUAUGAAGUUUGUAAAAAUAAGAAAAAAUGCUCUAAUAAUAAAAAAAAAUUUUUAAAGGUAAGAUAAUGGAAUGGGUACAGCCACUGAUGUAUGUGGGAAGUUGGGAAAGUUGGAUAUAGAUGGAAAUUUAAUGUUUAUCUGUAUGAUAAACCAUUGCUUACAAAAAAAUAAUUCUGAGCAGAGUUAAGUUGAUAGUGAUUUUUGUCAAAAAUAUGAAUGCCAUUUUAUAUUAAAAUAAUGAAAUAGUCUUUAUAUAUUUUUUUUAAUAAAAUUUGUUUAAUGUUGUACCAAUUUUCAUAGUUUUCCCUGUUUUCCCUGAGAAAAUCAAAAAAUGACCUCCCUAAAGUACCUUUCCACGUUGAUUUCGUUUCAGAAAAGGUGCUACACGUAGAAAUCUGAGUAAGUCUUUUGAUAGAAAAGUUGCGUACAUAUAAAAAAAAACAUCUUUGUAAAACAUCAUUGCUCCACUCAGAAUCUAAAAUGCAAAAUAAAAGUUUUAUAUUUUUAAUUCUUUGGUAUAUGAAACAAAUUUUGUGCUUGGAAAGCAUUCCAUUUAGGAUAUUAUAAUACACACCCUAUUCAUAACCACGAUGAAACAUUGAAAUUAGCACAAUAAAAUUUGAAUGUUAAAUCCCUCCAUAAAUAAAAAAAGAUCACCUACCAGAAAAUGUAAUUAUUAUUAAUUGUUCAAUAUUUUAAGCUGAAAACUGUCAUUUAAAUUUUUUAAACUGCAAUUUCAUAUACUAUAUUAUAUUUUUUAUACUUAAAUGUGUAUACUAAUGUUAGCUUUAACAAAAGUUGAAGUAGAUACGAAUAGGAUUAAGUUACAUUAGGUGAUAACUUGUAUGUAUAAUGUAAUAUUAUUCUGUUUGUAUAUUAUUUAUAUUAUUUAUUUUUAUUGUGCUAUAUUAGUAUAUAUUUCUAAUAAAAUUAGUAAUUAUGUAUAUUUCAUUUAGUUGUUGGUAUGCAAAAUAUUUGUAUUAAGAAAUGUUGAAAUUUUUAAAAUAUUUAUAAUUAUCAUUAAAAAUAUGUAUAAUAUUUUUCUAGAUAUUCCUGAUUACGGAUUUACUAUUUGCAUAUAUCAAGCGUGAAUUUGCUCUGAAACAUGGUAUGAAACGCAUGAUAAAUGGCAGAGAAGCACGUUUAAUGCUUGAUUAAUAGCAUAUGGUUCAUGAGUAACUUUCAUUUCUUCAAAUGAUAUCUUUGGAAAAAAAGAAAUGAACUUGGGUAAAUUUGUUUUAUUAACACAUAACAAUAUUCACCUUCUAACUAUAAGCAAUAUAUAUUAUUUAUUUUUACAAAAAAUAAAGUCAAAUUGUAAAAAAAUAUGAACAGAUUUGUUAGAUUUUCUACAUCCCUGUAAUUCCUAAGUGAUAUGAUUUAUACAUGCAUACAUAUUUAUGUAUGUAUAUAAAAAAAAAAACUGGUCAAAUAGUAUGCAUCCUAUUAUUUUCUGUUACAUCCAAUAUCUUUUUCUUUUUCUUGUAAUUUUCUUUUAUCACAUCCUCAUAUUCAGGCGGUGGUGUAAUUACUGUUUCAUAUCUUGGCGGUAUAUCUUGCAUGGGCUCUGGUGACCAAUAUUGUUGUUCUGGUAUUUCACAACACUCCUA